AGUACGUCACGGAUUCUUUUCCGGGUUAGAGUUCUCUUACGUCUCUCGGCGAAGUCAAAAUGGCGGCUCACAUAUCACGGUGUCGAACCUGGAAUCGUGUUCAACGGUUUGGCACAGCGGCGUACAGGAAGUACAGCAGCGGUGGAGGCUACCCCAACAUCUCGCUGUCUUCGCCACUGCCCGGCAUCCCCAAGCCCGUCUUUGCGUCCGUGGAUGGCCAGGAAAAAUACGAAACCAGGAUCACCACAUUAGAAAAUGGCCUCAAGGUUGCCUCGCAAAACAAGUUUGGACAAUUCUGCACCGUUGGAAUUUUAGUCAACUCCGGAUCUAGACAUGAAGCAAAGUAUCCCAGUGGAAUAGCACACUUCUUGGAAAAACUUGCUUUUUCUUCCACAGCUCAGUAUGGCAGUAAAGAUGAGAUUCUGCUCACGCUGGAGAAACACGGAGGGAUUUGUGACUGCCAAACGUCCAGGGACACAACCAUGUAUGCGGUGUCUGCCGAGGUGAAGGGUCUGGACACGGUGGUGAGCCUCCUAGCCGAUGCGGUCCUGCAGCCACGCCUGCUGGACGAGGAGAUGGAGAUGACAAGGAUGGCAAUCCGCUUCGAGCUGGAGGACCUGAACUUGCGGCCGGACCCUGAGCCGUUACUCACCGAGAUGAUUCACGCCGCGGCGUACCGAGGCAACACGGUGGGACUUCCCCGCUACUGCCCGCCUCACAACGUGGACAAAAUUGACAAGGCGGUGCUACACGGCUACCUUUCGGGCUACUACCGUCCCGAGCGCAUGGUCCUGGCCGGCGUUGGCGUGGAUCACGAGCGGCUAGUGGCGUGCGCCCGCCGCUACCUUCUGGGCGUCCGGCCCGUAUGGGCCGACGUCACGCCGGCCGCCGUUGACCGCUCCAUGGCGCAGUACACGGGGGGCAUUGUCAAGAUGGAGAAGGACAUGUCGGACGUGAGCCUGGGACCCACACCCAUACCUGAACUCACACACAUCAUGAUCGGACUGGAGACUUGCUCCUUCCUGGAGGACGACUUCAUCCCGUUGGCGGUUCUCAACAUGAUGAUGGGUGGCGGUGGCUCUUUUUCAGCGGGCGGACCUGGCAAAGGCAUGUUCACGCGCCUCUACCUCAAUGUCCUCAACAGGCAUCACUGGAUGUACAACGCCACAUCGUACCACCACAGCUACGAGGACAGCGGCCUGCUGUGCAUCCACGCCAGCGCCGACCCCCGCCAGGUUCGCGAAAUGGUAGAGAUCAUAACACGGGAGUUCAUUCAGAUGACAGGAACGGCGGGAGAGAUGGAGUUGGAGCGUGCCAAGACGCAGCUCAAGUCCAUGCUGAUGAUGAACCUGGAAGCCCGGCCCGUCAUCUUCGAAGACGUCGGUCGCCAGGUGCUCUCCACGGGCAAGAGGAAACUGCCGCAUGAGCUUUGUGCCCUCAUAAGUGAGGUGAAGGCGGAUGACAUCAAGCGAGUGACAGCCAAGAUGCUGCGCAGCAAGCCGGCCGUGGCGGCGCUGGGGGACCUGACAGAGCUGCCGUCUUACGAGCACAUCCAGGCUGCCCUCUCCAGCAAAGACGGCCGGCUGCCGCGCACCUACCGUCUCUUCCGGUAAAAAUAAUCAUGAUUCAGAAAAAAAUGUAUAUAAAUAAAACGGACACUGAACUUUCGGGGUGUGGACCAAUACCUGGAGUCAACAGCAACUCACCUGGAACACAAGCUCGUAUUUAUUCUUUCUCUGUGUUUCACUUAAGGGCUGGCCAAAGAAUAUGGAGAAUAAAAAAAUCACAAGUGGCCACAGGGCAAUACCAAAAUCAGACUGAAUACUUGUCAACUACUUUUUAAACUUCAUUAAAGGAAUACAAUUAAAUUGAAAAUGUAAAAUACAAAGCAGGAGGGCCUUAACAGGGACUACCAGGAAGAUUUCUGACGGAGCUAAAGCAUCCCCCUCGCCGUGCUGUCGCGCCGUGCCUGUCAAUAAUCAACAUAAGCACUGACAAUGUAUCCCGACCGCUGGUGAAAAACGGUGUUAAAUGUUUGAAUGAGGAACACUUUGUAGAAUGGACAUUUCAGACAAAAUGUCUUCUUUUUAUUGCUGAAUGAAACGUGGACGUCAACUGUGUUAAAUAAAAGUCCACAUGACACAUUAAAAAAAUGUAGUACAGUGUUUCUGUAGAAAAAGAGAUCCUGAAGAGUUUGAAACAGGCACUUUUUAACUUUUUCAUGGAAAUGACAGAGGACUCAGGAAUUCCAGUACAUAGACAAGUUACAACAAUAGUAACACAAGUAAUAUAAAAGGCCGGGGCUCUCAAACCUUUUGGGUUCAUGGGAGACAUUUUUCCAAGUAUCCCAUGAUAACCUUAAUGCCAAUAAUUUAAAAGAACAUUUUUGAGAAUACACGGAAUGCUCCAAGAGUAAAGUUCAAUUUUUACAGCAUUUUUUUCAUCAAAGAACAAUUAAAAUUCUUUGUCAUUUCUUUAGAAUAUUUUUUUUAUCAUGAACAAAGGUGUUUUUUGUUGUAAUCCUUAUUCGAUCGUCAAAUCAACGGGAACGUUGAUUUGAAUGAAAAUGCCAUUAAUCCAUACUGCCCCCCCUCCAAAAAACAUAGGUAUAUGUUUGUCAUUUUUAAAUAGCACUCUCUAAUUUUACUAUGUAUAAAAACAGAUUAAUAACCUAUAUAAAUAUAAUUUUAAAAAUACUAUUCUUGUAAUGGUUUGAUUUUUACUCUGGGAAAUUAUGACAUUUUUCUCCCAUAUACAGUACAGUAUACAUGUUUCAAAUUUAUUUUAUUCUUACGGAUGUCACAAUGAUGUCAAUGCUUUUAAUCAGCCCAAAGCUAAAGUAGGGAGGUGUAAUUGGGUCAUGCUUUGUUUUCUUGUCCCCAUAUCAUUAGCAUAAUAUCAUUUUCAGGGCCCCACAUGGAUUUUUUUCAGGCUGAUGCUGGAAUUUGGCAGAAAAAUAAAAUCUGAUAAUUGAUUAAUCAUUAUGGACAUUAUUUUAAAAUAUAUGUUUAAUGAAUAAAACAAUUCUUGUUUUACAAGAUUAAAGAUAUAGAUUACAGGCAGCACAUUUGACAGUUUUACAAUAUUUUUAGUAUUUAACUUUAUACUCGGCAAAAAAAAGGUGCCGAUUUUAAAAGAGCCAAUAUCAGCUGAUUUAUCGUUUUGACCCUCAAUUUGAGAACACCUGAUCCAAGGCAUAUUAUACGGUUAGGACCACACACAAAAUCCUUGAAAUAAAAAAAUGGAAAGAUAGCAGCUGCUCAUGAUGACAAAUUUAAAAACCACCCCCCCCC